AUGACUACCAAGGCCAUCGUGUUCGUCGAGAAGGGCAAAGCCACUAUUCAGGAGGUUCCCAAGCCCAAGCUCCGAGAUGACUAUGUGCUUGUUAAGGUGAAUGCCGUGGGUGUCAAUCCAACAGAUUGGAAACAUAUCGACAAUGCUGUUACCGACGCUGGCUCGAGAUCGGGAUGUGACUAUGCUGGAAUCGUCGAAGAGGUCGGGAGUAAAGUCACGAAGCCUUUUAAGAAAGGCGAUCGAAUUAGUGGAGUAGUCCACGGAGGUGACCGAACUCAGCACGAAAAUGGAGCGUUUGCUGAGUACAUUGUGGCAAAGGGUGAUGUUCAAAUCAAGACGCCCGAUAAUGUAACUGAUGAGGAAGCCGCGACCCUCGGCAUUUCCGUCGCUACUGUGGGCCAAGGUCUUUACAAGACUUUGGGUUUACCACUGCCCACAGAUGCGAAGAAAAGUGAUGACUUCGUUCUCAUCUAUGGCGGAAGCACCGCUACUGGUAUCUAUGGCAUCCAAUUUGCGAAGCUGUCAGGAAUGAGAGUCGUUGCGACGGCUUCACCACACAACUUCGAUUAUCUCAAAUCCCUUGGAGCUGAAGCUGUGUUCGAUUACAAAUCGCCCAAUGUUGCAGAAGAGAUCCGCAAGUACACCAACAACUCUCUGAAGCUUGCCUGGGACUGCACGGGUAGCGGUGCGACAAUCAGUGCUGGAUCUCUGAGUACCGAAGGGGGCAAAUAUGCCACCAUCAUUGCCGUUGAUAAGAAGAGGUUGCUGGACGUCAACCCGAACGUUGAUGGGCCUCAUUUUACUCUUAUGUACUCUAUCUUUGGUGAAAGUUUCAACAAGGGGCAGGAGACACCCCCCAAGCCUGAUGAGUUUGAGUUUGCCAAGAAGUUCUGGGAGAUAGCUCGUCAGCUCCUGGAAGAAGGUAAGCUCAAGGCCCCUCAAACUUUUGUCAAUCGCGGUGGUAGUGGUUUUGAGGGUAUCCUGAAGGGUAUGGAUGAGUUGAGGGCCGACAAAGUUAGCGCCGGAAAGCUUGUGUACACACUUUGA